UCUGUUAGCUGGUCCUCGAAAUUUCACUAUCCAAGAAUUCAUAUUCUCUCAAGUUUUUUUUCCUCAUCAUAAAUCAUAAACGAAAGUUCUAAUUAAGCUUCCAUUAUUACAUUUUUCUUACUAUUUUUUUCUUAUUUUCUUUCUCUUAAAAACACUAGAGAAGAUCAACAAAAGCAGAGGAAUUUUCCAAAAAAAAAAAACAAAUCUUUGAGAGUAUGGAGAAUUAUUCAAACCCUGAAGAAAACGACGAUGUUGGAUCCAUCGAUCCAAAUGAUCAAUCAGCAUCUGAAACUCCGGUUUACUCGACGAUGAGCACAGAUUCUUUUGCUUAUCAUCGAACAUGUUCUGAAACCUCGGGAGGCUUUUCAGACCAAAUUGAUGAAACCAGCAGCUUCUGCAGUGAUGUCUCUCCUAGUGAUUGGCCUGUCCCUGUCCUUACCGAAUCCAAGUCUACGAGCUCAAAUUUUCUAUCUGCCUUUAUUGAAACGAAAAAGAAUCAGAACGAGCCUGAGGAGAAUCUUGCGGUCCAAGAAAUUUCAGGGCCAGAAUUGGAGACGAUGAAGGAAAGAUUCUCGAAGCUUCUGCUUGGGGAAGAUAUGUCUGGAAGCGGCAAAGGCGUUUGCACCGCAGUUACAAUCUCAAACGCUAUUACCAAUCUUUAUGCUACUGUUUUUGGACAGAAUCUAAGAUUAGAGCCACUGGAGAUAGAGAAGAAGGCAAUGUGGAAGAGAGAAAUGAAUUGCCUUCUCUCUGUAUGUGACUAUAUUUUCGAGUUUAUCCCAAAGUCACAGAACCUAAGCAAUGGAGCCACUGUUGAGGUAAUGGAGAGUAGACCAAGAGCAGAUAUCUACAUUAAUUUGCCUGCACUCAGAAAACUAGAUUCCAUGCUUAUGGAAGCAUUGAAUAGUUUUCAAAAGACAGAGUUUUGGUAUGCAGAAGAAGGAAGCUUGUCAAUGAAGUCAACAACGCGUUCUGCAACUGGAUCAUUCAGGAAAGUGAUUGUACAGAGGAAAGAAGAGAAAUGGUGGCUACCGAUCCCUCUGGUUCCAUCAGAAGGUUUGUCAGAGAAAGCAAGGAAACAACUUAAGAGCAAGAGAGAGAGCACUAAUCAAAUCCAUAAAGCUGCUAUGGCAAUCAAUAGCAGCAUCCUUGGUGAAAUGGAUAUCCCAGCUUCUUACAUGGCAAAUCUUCCAAAGAGCGGAAAAGCGAGCACAGGAGAUUCAAUGUAUCGACAGAUGACGAGUUCAGGGAGGUUUUCACCAGUAAAGCUGCUAGAUGGUCUCAAGAUUGAAUCAGAACAUGAAGCUCUUCAGUUGGCAGAUAGAGUAGAAGCUUCAAUGUACACAUGGAGACGCAAAGCUUGUCUCCACAAUUCCAAGUCUUCGUGGAAUAUGGUGAAAGAUCUAAUGUCAAAUACAGAGAGAUCAGACAAGAACUAUGCUUUGGCAGAGAGAGCAGAGUCUUUGCUUUUCUGUUUGAAACAACGGUACCCAGAGUUGUCUCAGACAUCAUUGGAUAUAUGCAAGAUCCAUUACAACAAGGAUGUUGGAAAAGCUGUGUUAGAGAGCUAUUCAAGAGUUCUUGAAGGUUUAGCUUUUAACAUAGUUGCUUGGAUUGAUGAUGUUCUCUAUGUAGACAAAACAGUGAGAGGAGAAGAGGAAUUAUAAUUACAUACUUGAAUUUCUUCUUGUCUCCCUCUAGCAGCUCCAUUGUAAAUUACUGAAUUAGGUAAAACCGACAUAUCUUCUUAUUUCUCUUCAAGUCAAGUAGUCAACCAUGACGUCUUCCACUAGUUCAUUUAGUAUCAACUCGCUAAUCUCAAAGCCAAUCCACUCAACCUCACAUCUGGUGUCUAACCAGCUCUUGGGUUUAUCCAUGUCUUCUCUAACUCUAUCGUCCAACAACCAAGGGAGUUGCAUUGGCAAGAGACGACAAUAAACAUUUUCUUGUACCUCGCUAACGAUGCUUUCCACGCUAGAGGCAGCCAAGGCUUGGGUUCUGGGUUCAACAAAGGAAACCUAUUGAGGAAACCUGCAGAAUUCGAAGAGAACUUCGUUGAUGCUGUCGAAGAGGAGGUCAUGGUCUACACAAAGCUUGUUUGGAUAUAAUGGUAUGUUGCUGAUUAUUGCCGGACAAAGAAGCUGGUCAGAGUAAUCUGUUAUCAGAUACAGCUCUUCCCAAUUUGAGUCUAUUGCAUCCAACACCUCUUUUACGUACUUAAACAAUGCUUCUUUGUCAUCCAUACCACGGUUCUCUUCUUGCAAUUGGUUACGCGGAGGUUGUUGUAUCUUUGCUUCACCUGAGUAUUGUCAAAGAUGAGUCAAUGUUAGUGCAUACCUCUUGAAGAGUUCAAGAAUAUAAGCCCAGUAAGCAUUAAUUGGAUCUUCUUUCUAUA